AUGGCCUCGAGACCAAUUCGGAUUGCAGGCAGGUCACUCCUCCUUUGCGCGUCUGGCUCUGUGUCAGACCGCCGCCAUGCCCUGGCAGCCUUUGCCAGAGCAUAUCCAAGCGAUCCUGUGGACGUGAUCAUCUCAGACUACAUGUCCGAGGUCAAUAUGACCAUCGGAGCGGCCAGAAAGGUGGACAACAAAUCCCUGGCUGCGGACCAUGGCACACCCUUUGUGGGUGCGGGCCCGGCCUAUGAGGCGCCGUUCCUGGAAGCGCUUGAGCCAGCCUUGGAGGAUAUCGCCAAGUACGGCAUCAAGGUGGUUGCGAACGCCGGCAACACCGAUACGGAGACCCUGUACAAUGUCGUCAACGAUAUGAUCAGGAGGAAGAAGCUAGGUAUCAAAGUGGCCUGGAUAUCUGGAGAUGAGGUGCUCCCGGCCAUCAACGCCGCACUGCAAGCGGGAACUUCCCCGUUCAAAAACAUUUACACUGGCGAAGUUCUGGCUGGCUGGCAGUUCAAACCCAUCUACGCACAGGCAUAUCUUGGAGGCCUUGGAAUCGCCGAAGCACUUUCUCAGGGCGCACAGAUCGUCAUCUGUGGGCGUGUCGCCGACGCGUCUCCCGUGAUCGGCGCUGCUUUCUGGUUUCAUCGGUGGCAGCGGUCGCAAUUGACGGAGCUCGCGAACGCCUUCAUCGCCGGUCACCUCAUCGAAUGCAGCUGCUAUGUCACAGGCGGCAACUUCAGCGGGUUCAAGUCGAUCGAAACGACAGCCGCGGGCUGGGUCGACAUUGGAUACCCGAUCGCCGAGAUCUCCAAGGAGGGCCAGGUGGUCAUCACCAAGCAAAAGGGCUCCGGCGGCGCAGUCACAGUCGACACUUGCUCGGCGCAGCUGCUCUACGAGAUCCAGGGACCAUGGUACUUCAAUUCUGACGUGACAGCCGUGCUGGAUCAGAUCUGGUUCGAACCGCUCGGUCCGGACCGGGUCGCUGUCCAUGGCGUCCAGGCACUCCCGCCGCCGCCUACCACCAAAGUCGGGCUCACUGCUCGUGGCGGCUUCCAGGCAGAGGCCAUGUACUUCAUCACGGGGCUCGACGUGGCAGCAAAGGCGCGCAUGACGGAAGCGCAGCUGCGCAAGUCGCUGCAGCCGUAUUCGGACAAGUUCUCCCUUCUGUCCUUCAGUGUGCUGGGCGCGCCGGCCGUCGACGCAGACAGCCAGAACGCUGCGACGGCCGUGCUUCGCGUAUUCGUGCAAGCCCGGCAGUCUGCCGACAUUGCGCCGCAGAGGUUUCUGAGGCCCAUCAUGGACAACGUCAUGCAGUCGUACCCGGGUGGGACGUUCCAUCUGGACUUUCGCCUCGGCAUCCCCAAGCCGUUCUUUGAGUAUUACGUCUCGCUGCUCCCGCAGUCGGAAGUCGAACACGUCGUGCAUCUCGACGGCAAAGACACCGCGAUCCCACCCCCGACGCUCACCCACGUGUUUCCCGAGCGCCAGCCUAGCCAGCCCUCGACCGCGCUGCCCAUCGACCUGGCCAAGUUCGGCCCGACGCAGCGUGCCCCGCUGGGAUCGGUCGUCCACGCCCGUUCCGGCGACAAGGGCUCCGACUGUAAUUGCGGGUUCUGGGUGAGGCACGCCGACGAGUACGCGUGGCUGAGGACCUUGCUGUCGGUCGACAUGGUCAAGCUGCUCCUCGGCAAGGAGUGCGUGCCCAGGGUUGAGAUCGAGCGCUUCGAGCUGCCGAAUCUGCGCGCCGUGCAUUUCUUGUUCCGGAAUCUCCUCGAUCGUGGUGCCACGAGUACUGCCAGUGUGGAUUUCCUGGGUAAGAACUGCGCCGAAUAUCUUCGCGCGAGACAUGUCGACGUGCCGCUCAAGUUUCUGGCCAGAGGGAAAUUGUAG